AUGCUUAGAUUGUUAACUAAAAGUGCUGUUUCUACACCAAAGCGUAGUUUUAACUGGAACCAAGGUGUCCUAAGACUAAACUCUACCUUCGCUAUUCCAAAGACUCAAAAGGGUGUGAUUUUUUACGAAAACAAUGGUCCUUUACAUUAUAAAGACAUUCCUGUACCUGUCCCAAAACCUAACGAAAUUCUUAUUAACGUGAAAUACUCUGGUGUCUGCCACACUGACUUGCACGCAUGGCAAGGUGAUUGGCCUCUGGCUACAAAGUUACCUUUAGUCGGUGGUCAUGAAGGUGCCGGUGUUGUGGUCGCUAGGGGUUCCGAAGUGAAAAAUUUUGAAAUCGGCGAUUUGGCAGGUAUUAAAUGGUUGAAUGGAUCAUGUAUGUCCUGUGAAUUAUGUGAAACGGGUCAUGAAUCUAAUUGUGAACACGCUGACCUUUCAGGUUAUACACAUGAUGGUUCCUUCCAACAAUAUGCUACUGCAGAUGCCGUUCAAGCCGCUAGAAUUCCAAAGGGCACCAAUUUGGCUGAAGUAGCACCUGUGCUAUGUGCUGGUAUUACUGUCUACAAGGCCUUGAAGGAUGCAGACUUGAAAGCUGGUCAAUGGGUUGCCAUAUCAGGUGCUGCAGGUGGGCUAGGUUCCCUAGCGGUUCAGUACGCUAAAGCCAUGGGUUACAGGGUGCUAGGUAUCGAUGGUGGUCCAGGGAAAGAAGGUUUGUUUAACUCUUUAGGAGGCGAAGUCUUCAUUGAUUUCACUAAAUAUAAGGACCCUAAGGAGAUGAUCAACGCCAUCAAGGAAGCUACUAAGGGUGGUCCACAAGGUGUUAUCAACGUGUCCGUCUCUGAGGCAGCCAUUUCUAUGUCUACAGAGUACGUAAGACCAACCGGUACUGUUGUCCUAGUUGGUUUGCCAGCCCACUCCUAUGUCAAAUCUGAAAUUUUCUCCCACGUUGUCAAAUCCAUUAAUAUCAAGGGUUCUUACGUUGGUAACAGAGCCGACACAAGAGAAGCUCUGGAUUUCUUCUCCAGAGGUCUAAUCAAGUCCCCAAUCAAGAUUGUAGGUUUGUCAGAAUUGCCAAAGGUCUACGAUCUAAUGAAGAACGGUAAGAUUCUAGGUAGAUACGUCGUGGACACUUCUAAAUAG